AUGAAUGGAUUCGAAUCGCAUAUGGAAAAGGAUUUAAUUCGGAAGAAAAAACAUAACUCUUCAUUGGGUGAUUUUAUUCCACCUCAAUUGUUGAAACAUGAUCGAAAAAUUGUAUGUGUUGACACAAUUGCAUGCAAGACAAAUCAUUCGUCUUCUUCUGGAAAGAAGCUUACAAAGCCGAGUCAUUACUAUGCUAUUCCAUCUAAUUCGUGCUUAUCAACCAAACAUAGUUUCUCAUGCAUUAGACAGGUAAAAGAGAAGAAUGACAGAGCAGUGGAGCCAGUAGUCGAUUCCUUCAGUUUAACUGCCAAGGAUGCUGAUGUUGCCAUAAUAGGAUUUUUGAAAGCAGUCAAAAAAUUUCAAGAUCGUGCAUGGAAAAAAAACCCAAUUAAGGCAAAAUCAAAGCAUCGAUUAGUCUAUGGUUUAAGAGAGGUGCUAAAACAGUUAUCGCUCGAAACAGUGCAUUGCGUUAUAUUGGCCCGCGAUAUCGAAAGCGAUAAAAUCGAUCUUGCUAAUGAGAUCGAUAUAAUUAAAGAAAUCUGUGCAUCUAACCAUACUAAUAUCCUUUGGAUAUCUUCGAAACACGAUUUAGGUAAAGCAGUAAAUAAAUGGCCAAUGGUGUCUGCUGUGGCGAUUCUCGAUUAUCGUGGUGCUGAAGAUGCUUACAGCACAGCGAUCGAGACAUUUACGAACUUUAUGGCACAUUGUCGGAUUGCUGAUCAUGCUCAUCAACCAUCAUUAUUCGCUUAA